GUGGCUGGGGAGGAGGUUACGGCUCAGGGGUCUUGAACCUUUGCUGGAGAAGCUGCCGGGGUAGCUCGGCGGGGAGUCUGCGCCGGGGUCGGGACAACGGCCCCCGGGCGGCCCCAGUGACACUGCACCCGGCGCCGGGCUGGGAGAUCCCGGCGGAGCGGCCAACGGGGCCGCCGGGGGAAGGAGAGCCCGCGGGGCGGCGGGGUUCGGGCGCACUCCAGCGGAGCCGCAGUCGUGGGCCGGGACGCCGCGGAGGCGCGAGGAGGACGCCGGUGAGCGGGAGCAGUGGCCGUGGGACGCAACCGGAAUCGAGGCUCCAAAUCCGCGGCGAGCAGGCGCAGACCAGGGAGGUGGCCAUUGGCCCCGGGGACGCCCCCGGUCUGCGCAGCUCCGGGGUCGGAGAAGUUGGUGACCGGGACAGGGCAGCUGGACGCGGCGUGUUGGACAGUGUGGGGCUCCCGAGUGGGCGAAAGGGAGCACGACGGGAGUGGAGCCAGUGGCUACUCGAAACUCUGAGUCCGCCCCAGCCCCGUUAGGCGCCCCAGCUGCCGCGAAAUAAUGUGACAAAAGUUAGGAACUUGCCUGCGUCUCUCGGUGCGUGACCUAUGAGGGGCAGAGGCCUCCCCUUAUGGAGGCUCACGCGGGCAGGGACCUCUGGCACUGGGGCAGUGCGCUCGGGUGGGGAGAUAGCCAGAUGCUGACCUGGACCGUGGCGCAACUUCGAGCGCCUGCUUUCUCUAGGCGGAGUGUGUCUCAGCGUGACCUUGCGGGAGGAGGCGCGGCUGAACUUGAGAUGGGGCAUGAGGCUGCGCCCUGGCCCAGCGCGCCUUCGCCCUGCCCUGCGCCUCCGGUUUUAAGUGAAGGGUGUCCUGGUCGCUCGGGAUCCCUUCGCCGGUCGGAGCGCCGAGUCUCUCCUUCCUCCUACCCGAGGGUCCCUCUCCGCGCCUGUGACGCGCGGGGCGGGCUGGGGGCGCUGGGCAAAGGUGCACGUGUGCGCCCAGAAGCGCACGCGUGGGUAGGGGCUGGGGCGAUCACUGCGUCUCGCGGGCUCCCGGCGUCCCACAGAGGGAGGCAGCAGUGACCCAGAAGGCAGUGACUUAAUCGCCUUGUCGCCGCAUCAGGCAUUCUCCUGGGUUUCACGUGUGAGCCUCCGGGGACCUCCCCGUUUUUCCUGGCUCAUUCGUCUCGUGGGUUCCCCCGCUUAUUUGUGCCUAGAUGGUUAUCCAGGGAGACAGCGAGCGCCCUUCCCGGUUUUGCGGCUGUGUGUGUGUGUCUGUGUGUUGUGUGCGUACUCGCCAGCGGGAAAAAUGAGAUGAGCGAUAUCCAGUGGUUGCCGCCGCGCCGCAGACGUCGUAGGUGCAAACGCGGCUUUUGAAAAUGCUUUUAGGAUGGAAGGCGGCCGGCAAGGGCCAGGACGCGCACGCCUCCCCUCCGCUUCCCCAGUUCUACAAUUUAACUCAAAUUCAUGUGCCGAGUGAAGCCUUUUGGGUUUCCAGAGUGCGUUGAGCACCCACUACGUGCGGGACUCUGCACCAGGUUUAUUCCUGGAAGCUGCGGGCGAGCCGCCUGAGAACGCCCCGGCGCCUCCAAAAAGACAAGAUGCACUGCCCCCUACUGGCUGCUUUGGGAACUGCUCUGCGGUGGGUAGGGGUCGCCAAUGACAGGGGGCUUGGGGCCACUCACUGCCCCUCCCCGUACCUCCCCUUCCCUGUUGCCCAGACAAACGCCCCGGCCCAGACAUUUCCUGAAACCCGGAGGUUGACUGAAAAGACCGACCGGGAGUUCAUUAUUCUAUCCAUGUCCCGUCCCCUACCUCUGCCUAGAUCUGGGGGUAUGGGGGGUGCAGGGGGCUCUUCCUAGGCUCCCAUCCUCUGUCUUUAGGCUUGAGACAACCUCUCCUAGUCUCAGUUUCCUUAUCUGUAAAUUGGGACUAAGACUACUACUUCACAAAUACAUUGUACAGAAUAAAUACUACCAAUCACAUGUGUACAUGCAUGCCCUGACUUCAAAAUCAUAUAGAUCUUGCUGAAUACAUAAAUGAAAAUGAAUAGAGGGCUCCUUCUCCUGCCUUUCCCUAUCUCACGAGCCCUGACAUUCUCUGGACCCACAUUUGCUGUCCAGGUUGUGGCGUUGGGACCAGGCCAGGGUGUGAGCCUGAGCAGGGCGUUCGCCUCACCUCACUUGGCCGGCGGGCCGGAGUGCCCCACCCCAGCACUAGGGUGAGAGGAAAACAGGAAGUGUAGCCAGAAAUGAUGGCAGACGGUUUCUUCAGGGGGUGUGGAUUCUGCUCCGUGCAGCUCUGCCCCAGCAAGCGGAAGCAACAGCCUUCUUCUGCAGGCCAGACUGAGUUUGGACUUGCAGACUCCGGCCGGGCUCCCCAGCCCUGCUCCUGAAGUCUGGGUGGGGGCUGCACAGAAUCAGCCAUCACCCAUGCCGGGCGCCCUUGGUCCCCAGGUGUGGAGGGCAGGGAGGGGUCCCUGGAACCCUGGAUUGUUGGGGUUGCUGUGGGCCUCUGUGCCAGUGGGUACCAUUUGCAGACUGAACCGUUCUGAACUAGAAAUGCCAACGAGAAGUACUUAGCAUCUGCAGGGGCUCUGCGGAGUGAAGGCUUUGAGCUUUUCUGCCAGGACUAUUGCAUCUGAGGACCAGGGAUGGACCGUCCCUCCGCCUGCUGAGAUGGCGGACAACUCUCAGCGUCUUCGUCACAGAGUGAUUUGCUUAACCGCCACCUUGCUGGCGGCAGCCUGGCAAAGACAAAGUGGUAAUUAAGGGGCAUCGUCAGCCGCACUUUCUGGAGGAGGGUGGUGAAGACAGCUUCGCUUCACCCUGCACCAAACACCCUUCUUCUGAGGUCCUCGCCCCCGAGCGACCCUCUGCUGCCACACAGAGGUUAAUCACCCCUUCGUCUCUUUGGAUGGGAAAGGAAAUCACUGUUAUUAAGUUUGAUUAAAGCAUCAUCAAGAGACAGUAUCAGCGCUGUGUAAGUGUUGCCAGAGAAGCAGGCUUCUUUAUGUCCCAAAAAGACAAAUCGUUUGCAGGAGGAGCCAGCCCAGCAUGAGAGCCCGCUGGGUCUUUGUGUGCCACCACGGGGCCAUGUCCGGCACGGAGGGGCAGCCGGCGUCCAGCAGGAGGGAGGUCAACCCUUGCAGGCCUUGAGGCGUCUGUUGGAAUCCCACCUUCCCUUCCGAUCGAGCUCCAUCCUGGGAUUGUUCGUCCCCAUCCCUCCGCUAUCAGGAGGGACUUCCUGCAGCCCGUCCCCGGGAGACCCCUUCCGGAGAGCAGAAGAUGGUAGCCAUGCGGAAGAGGAACCUCAAGGUGCUCACCUUCCUCGUCCUCCUCGUCUUCCUCACCUCCUUCUUCCUGAACUACACCCACACCGUGGUGACCACCGCCUGGUUCCCCAGGCAGAUGGUCUCCGAGCUCUCCGAGAGCCUCAAGAAGCUCAUGAAUUACCCCCAGAGGCCAUGCACCUGCGCCCACUGUGUGGGGGAGGCUGGGGUCUCACCCUGGUUUGACGAGAGGUUCAACCAGACCAUGCAGCCGCUGCUGACCGCGCAGAACGCACUCUUUGAAGAGGACACCUACAGCUGGUGGCUGAGGCUCCAGCGGGAGAAGCAGCCCAAGAACUUGAACGACACCAUCAAGGAGCUGUUCCAGGUGGUGCCCGGGAAUGUGGACCCCGUGCUCAAGAAGGGGUCGGUGGGCUGCCGGCGCUGCGCCGUCGUGGGAAACUCGGGGAACCUGAAAGAGUCCCAGUACGGGCCGCAGAUAGACGGCCACGACUUCGUGCUGCGAAUGAACAGGGCCCCCACCACGGGGUUUGAGGCCGACGUGGGAAGCAAGACCACCCACCACCUCGUGUACCCCGAGAGCUUCAGGGAGCUCGGGGAGAACGUCAGCAUGGUUCUGGUCCCCUUCAAGACCACCGACCUGCAGUGGGUGAUCAGCGCCACCACCAAGGGCACCAUCUCCCACACCUACGUGCCCGUCCCCGCGAGGAUCAAAGUGAAAAAGAAUAAGAUCCUGAUCUACCACCCAGCAUUCAUCAAGUACGUCUUUGACAGCUGGCUGCAGGGCCACGGGCGGUACCCAUCCACGGGUAUCCUCUCGGUCAUCUUCUCGCUGCACAUCUGUGAUGAGGUGGACCUGUACGGGUUUGGAGCAGACAGCAAAGGGAACUGGCACCACUACUGGGAGAACAACCCAUCGGCAGGGGCUUUUCGCAAGACCGGGGUGCACGAUGGAGACUUUGAGUCCAACGUGACAGCCACCUUGGCCUCCAUCAACAAGAUCCGCAUCUUCAAGGGGAGAUGACGCUGGCAGGGGUCAAGGACCCACACCUCCGUCGGCUCCCCUGUUUCCAGCCUCAGCAGCUCGCCAGAGCCUUCCGCCCCGGAAGCUCCGAGAGCCAGCCUCAGGGGUGUACCUGGCGCCCCUCCCAGCCACUUGCACCCCAGGUCACCCAGCUCUGCAGAGCAAGCCUCCGAAUCACUCUUGGGUCGGGGGAGUUUCUCCCUCCUUCUGUUCCAGAUCUGGGGAAGAUGGGGAGACACUGCGAGAGGCCCGGUCUCAAAGCUCUCAAGUUGUUUUGGCUUCCGGGAGUGGGGAUGGCAAACGCUGAAGACUCCCAUGUUCCUGAAGCAAAGGACGCUAUUCCAGUGAAGACGGAAAGAGAGGCCUUCCCCCACGGAGGGGUCCGGGGCUGGCUCUAGCUCUGAUUCUUGCUGGGAUGUUUCCGGGUGAGGAUUACCUCAAGCACAGAGCCAGGUUGGGACCACGUAGGCACAGGGCAGGAAGGGCCAACUGUUGCCUUCCCUUCCAGAAGCAUAGCCUGGCCUCUGCCUUGCUGUUACUGCCCUGCCUUCCCUUCCUUCCCCAGCUGUCAUUCAUCAUGGCCAGGAGAGGCUUUGCAAGGCGUUUCCGACUGCUGGAGAUGUCUUCUCUGCAAACAGAGGUCCCCUUGAUUAAUCAAUCUUUGUCAUUAUAAUUAUGGCUGAGAGCAGGUCUGACUACUUCCACGUGCCUUGCCUUUGUAUCGGGGAAAGAAACGCCCACCUUGGCUGCAAGGAGCCCAGAACACUGACUUGGGAGAGGAGAACUUUCCAGGUUUCCUGAGCCAGCGCCUGAGUUGGGACAAAUCUCUGAUGACACUCGAUGCCAUGCAGAGAGCUUCAGCCAUGGAAAACCCACUCUUACUUUUAAAGACUAUUGGCUUUGGUGCCUGUAACCUUCCACGACCGCGUGGAAGGCUCAGCGUCCAGCACUUUCCCCGCGAGCCUGCACUCUGGAGGGGUCCUGGGGCCAGUGCAGGCGGUCCAAGAGAAGGUGACAGGCAGAGCAGGGGAUGUCAUACCUCAUCUUCUCAUUGCCCCGCUGCUCUCUUCCUUCCUUCUCAGCCUUCCUGAUUAUUUAUUGAUUUUUUUUAAAUUCAGCUGACAUUUUGUGCAUGCUGGCUCUGUUCCUGCCCUGGUGUUGUAAUUAGGCUUGCUAUUUUUUCACCAGGCAGCUAGGGGUUGGAGGAGCUUGAAGGAAGGUUCCCAUGAAUCCCCGGGCUUGGGAGCUCCCUACAAUUUGGGGGCUCCCUACAAUUUGGGGGCUCCCUAGUGGGAGGAAUCCUGUGUCAUUGGGUGGGCAGGUAUGUGGGAUGCUCUCAACCUCCCUCCCUUCCAGCCCCACUUUCCGUCUUUCUCACCGUGGGCUUGGAUUCAGUCUCAGGCUAGGAAUCUCCAAAGCUCUGCAAAGCCCCCUUGGGGCUGGGUGGUGAGGUGGAGAGCCCAGGGCUAGGAGGCCAGUGAUUUUCUACUCUAGUUAUUGAAGUUCAAUCAGAGAAACCACUUUUCCCAUGAAGCAUCUUCCUAGGAGGCUGGUGCUGCUUGGGGAGCUGCACAGGCUCCCGGUGGAACACCGAGGGCCUGGCCUGGAGCCCACGGGCACUGGGUCACCCGAGCUCUCAGGCAAGUACACUCUCACCAUCUCCGUGUCUUCCUCUGCAAACUGGGAUGGAGGAGUUAGGAGCACUGGGGGGCCAUUAUCAGGGGCCUCUGAUGGCUUUGGGUCGUUCACAAGAGACCCAGAAAUUGUCUGCCAAGCUGGUGUGUACGUGUGUGUGUUUCUGAGUCUGCAUGUGAGCAUUUUUCUGGGGAGUGGGUCCAUAGGUUUUAUUCUUAAAGAGUUUCAGGAUCCAGAGAGUGUUUUAUAAGCAAAGCAAGCCAAAAAAAAAAAAAAAAAGAAAAAAUUUCCAGCUUUAAAAUCUUCUAAAAGUUAAGGACUUGAUAAUUAAGGCUCCUAAAUGGCUGUGAGGUCACUAUUCCAAAUAUAUCUGGUAAGGCUAGCGCUCAGAGCAGUUCUUGAUGUGAAGUACUGGCAGACCUUUUGUGGUUGGUGGAAAGGAUGAGCCUUGAGAUAAAUGGACGCUGAUACAGAGAGCAAGUGUUGAUUCCUGAAUGCUUCCUCUUCUCCCAAGAGCCGAGUUUAUUUAGGGAUGAGGGGUUCAGAGUGAGCAAUCUACUUAUUUGGGUCUUACUGAGUGAGAAGAGGUUCCCCAAAGUGAAGACAUGUCCCAGUCUGAGCUUGACGUGACCUGGGAUGGCUGCCAGGGCUCCAGCCAGCCCCCCCCCCCCCGCUAGAAUAUUAAAGCUGCGGGACCUCCCGGCCCACUGAAACAAGCUCUCCCCUUUCACAGAUGCGAAAACCCAGACCCAAAGAAAGGCAGUGACUUGCAGAAGUGAGCCAGUUGUGCCAGAUUCAAACAAUUUGGAGGAAGAAUAGGAUGCGACUGGCCCUGUGUUCAAAGUGCCCAGGGAUGGGCUUUCCCAAUAAGAUUCCUUCCAAAAUUGCCAAAAAUGUCACCAGAACCCAGAUAUUGGACUGGUCCUGCUGUCCACCACCAAGCUUCACCCUCAGACCACCCACUGUGGCCCUCAGGGAGCUCUUGUUUCCACCUUCCCACACCACACCAUCCCUAGGAGAUGAGUUUCUCUUCCCCAUAGCCCCAGCAAACAUCUCUUUGUGUCUCGGCUUAUCAGUGGACACUUUUCCAGAUAACAGCUAACCUUUAUGGCUUAAGCCAAAGGGGACCCAUCCCUGGGUGAGUGUGGCUAAGGAUUGGGCAGCACUGCUUUCCAGAGGGGAGUUGGGGUACUGUUGGCAGGAAAAUGAGUCCCACUUGCCAUGGAGGCCCUUGCGUGUCCAACACACUCAGAGUGGGGGCAGGGGCAGGAUGCUCACCUGGGGCCCCCUGUCCAUUCUGCAGGCAGAGAGAUCCCUGCACACCAGCCCCAGGCCCUGGGCAAGGACAGAGGGGUCCUGGCCUGCAGCAAACAGUGGCUGGAGCCAGGCAGGUCCUGACGAGGGUGAUCCGAGGGAUCUCGGCAACAUCCCGGACAUCGGCGUCCCCCUGGUGGGCCAGGAGGCCGACUUCCCAGAGCUGGAGACCCUGCAGCCCCCUGGGAACCUCUGCUUCCCCGUCUUCUGUCCUCACCCACUUGUUAGGGGAGAAAGGAGAGCAGAGUCAUAGCCUUCCCCCUUCCCACCCCCCCCCCCACCACCACCCCAAGGGAUCUGGGGCAGAGAAGCACAUUCUUAAAUUGAUGCCUUCUGGACUCUGGCUUUGUCGGGCAUCGUCUGGCAAACCUUACCCAGCUGGGCCUAGCAGGAGAGGCAGGGUAGAAGGCAUCAGGAUGUUAGACAUGGACACCAGGAAAGAAGGUGGAGAGGGCAGUUCAGCCCUGGAUGGUUUGUGACUCGGAGGCUCUGAUGGAACCCCAUCUCUGCUGUGUGACCGAGCUUCACGGCCUGUGCGGUGUUUGCCUUGACAGUUCUCUUCAAGGCAGCCCAGACCCAAAGAAAAAUGGGAAACAGCAAAUAACGUGCUCUCCCUCAUUCAGUUAUGAUCUAAACCGCUCCCUUCGGGGACGCCCAGCCUCUGAGUGGCCACUGUCUAGCCCUCAACAGCUGGACUCCAGCCAGCUGCCAUCAGGAACCACAACUGUCCUUGUCCCCCUCAGGCUCUCAGAGGGGCAGAGCAUCUGCUGUGGCCGUCUGGUCUGCAGCAGAUGUGGCCAUAGGCUGGUUGCCCCCGAGAAUCCUCCCUUGUGGGCUGGGCUAACAAGUUUUGAGAGAGAGUCAACCUUCCUCGUUUGUCUUGAAAAUACCUGCUCUUCUGUCCCUAGGGUGUGACGUGACACCUCUGUGCCAAGAAGAGGGGCUGUAAGGAGGAAAAAGCAGAGAGAGGCAGAGCAGCGUCUCACGGUUUUAUCAGUAUCAGGGCAUUACCAGCUUUUUUUUGUACUAAAAGAGCACUGACUUUCCCAGCUUGUGUUAAAGCCUCCUGUUUUCCCCUCCAGCCAAUCAGACGGUUUCAUAGUUGUGUUGAAACCAAGCACCUUGCUCAGCUCUUUCCACGGUGCAGAAUUGCACUGGUUGUCCACUUGCGAAGGUCCUGAGCUGUGAUGUGGGCUUUAACUUGUGUCAGGAACCCCCCAGCCCUGUGAGCAUGAGUCUGGGUCCUUCCCCUCCUUCCUGCCCAGUCACUUUAGCACUUCACUGAAUUCACUCUCAAAGCCAAAGUUUCUUGAGCACUUUUUCUCUUUUGUGGUCUUGUUUUGUUGGUGUUUUAAGAUAUGCAUUCUGGCCCCUGCCCCCUGCCCAGCUCCCUAUGUGUUUUGCAGCUGAGCCUUACUCUAGAUGGAUUUUGAAUGGAGUAAGCAAGAGUCUACCCUCGGCCCCUGAUCUGUUUUAUUUAUUGUUAAACAUUUCCAAUGAUCGAGAUCAAAGUGAAUAAAAAAAAAGCUAUUUUAUCGUU